AUGGUAGGACUAGGAAACAGCUGCCGAGGGAUGAAGUCUCCACCUCUCCUCGUAGCUGCGCUUGUGGCGUGCAUCAUUGUUUUGGGUUUCAAUUACUGGGUUGCAAGUUCUCGCAGCGUGGAUCUGCAGGUUCGGAUCAUGGAUCUGGAAGGCAAAGUCCGCCGUGCGGCAGCAGAGAGGGGUGCCGUGGAACUCAAGAAGAAUGAAUUCCAAGGGGAGCUAGAGAAGCAGCGGCAGCAGAUUGACAAAAUCCAGUCCUUGCACAGCUUUCAGAUGGAAAAUGCCAACAAGCUACAUCAGGAAGAGAAGGCAGUGCUGAUGAGUAACAUCACAGUAAAUGACCGAUUGAUCCAAAGUCUACGAGAACACUUGAAAGAGUUACAGACAGAAUAUGGAAAGCUACAGCUGAACGUUUAUUGGUUUCAGAAGAACCAGACUAACCUUCAGAGGAAGUUCUCAUAUGACCUGUCACAAUGCAUCAACCAAAUGAAAGAAUUAAAAGAACAAUGUGAAGAAAGGAUAGAUGAGCUCACAAAAAAGGGCACUGAUGUACCACAAAUCAAAGAAAACAAAAACUUAUCAGAAGAUUCGAAAAAAAAUAGCCAGGUCAGUAUUCAACUGCCUACCUUGGAGCAAACUGAGUUCAAGCAGGCUGACCUGGAACAGCAGAAACCCAAUGAAGAUGUACCUAAAGCAGUACCUACAGUAAAAAAGAUAGACCUGCUGGAGGCUAAAGAAAGAAUAAACAGCCUAGCUGACAUCAGAAAACAGGAGCCUAAGGCAGAAGAGGAGAAGCUUUCUAGUCAAGUGAAAGACCUGCAGGACCCACUCAAGGCUGCUGCUGGUCAUAAGGAGAUGCUGCCUCAGUCAGAGAAGGAGCUGAAUCCUGAAGAUGAAAAACAAGUAGCUGGGCAAGAUGUGUUACAGCCAGCUGCAGAGCAGGCUGCCAGUGAGGAAGUUGAGAGGGAGCAACUCCUGAAUUAUGAUGCUAAGCAGGACUUGCCCCCCAUAAAGGCUGACAAACAGGAACAUGAAGCACUGAACCAAGAUAGGGAAGUUGAUUACAAUUUAGAUGAGAAUGAAGCUGAAUCAGAAACGGACAAGCAAGCAGCACUUGCAGGGAUUGAAAAUGUUCAAAACCCUGAAGAUACGAAGAACCACUUAUCUGAGCAUAGCGAAGAACGACAGAGGUUGUGA